AUGAUCUGGUUAGGUACUGGUGGAUUUGAUUGUUGUAACCCACAGAUGAGUCAGUUGGGUUCUCCAAGUAAUGCUGUUCUUUUUGCUACAAAGUCUGAACAAGAUGUUCAAAAAUCUUAUGUUUAUCUUGAAGGUGGUAAUUUAUACCCAAUCAGAAUUGCAUACAUUAACGCUGUUUCCGAUUCGGCACUUUCGUUCAACAUUGUUACUCCAUCUGGUUCCAAUGCAGACUUGUCUUCAUUGGUUUAUCAAUUAGAUGGCGCUACUGCUGGUAUGCAAUGUACUAAGGUUACUGCUUCCACUACCCUUGGAUCAACCACUGUCUAUGUCACUAAUGUUCCUCAAGGUUCGACUUAUCAUGUUCCAGUGACGAUAACUUCCUCCGGCAGUGCAGUUAUUGUCGAUGAAGCACAAGUUGGUAUUGUUUCUAUGGUCGAUACUUUGAGUAUCACAUCCACCAAAACCUGGUCCGAGUCAACGACUUCCACCACAACCAUAACAACAGCUUUCACUUCCAGUGAUGGCCAAGUUUACGGUGAAAACCUUGUUGAAGUCUUUGUUCCUCCUCUCCCAACUAUCACCACCACUUGGACUGGAAAUUUUGUCAAUAGUGUUAAAACUACCAUGCCAAUCACCUUAACUGACGGUUCGGUUGUGACCACCGAGGUUGUUCUCGUUGAAGAGCCUCCUCUCUCAACUACUUACAGUGCUUGGGAUAAAACUUCUUACCUAACUACCACUGUGGAGACCACAUUGGCAUGGGGUCCAAGUACUACCUAUGUUGAAGUUUUUGGUCCUGCUCUUUCAACUACAUCCACAUGGGGUUCUGGAGUUUCCACUGAAACUGUUACAACUCAAGCUGUUAUUACUGAUGAUGACAAUACCAUUACUACCUCUUAUGUUGAAAUCAUCUUACCUGGCCUAACUAGAACAACCAGUGAAUGGACUGCUUAUUCUACUGCAACAUCUUAUUGGACAACCACUAUUGAUGGUAAGGAACAAGUUACCGGAGAAGUUAUUGUUUACCAACCACCAAGAGAAACCAUUUACACCUGGGAUUCAGCUAAUCCAUGGCCUCACACUUCUACCUCUAGUAAUGCGGUUGUUACCGAAUCCGACGGUAGUGUCAAAACAGAAGACAUUGUCUAUGUUUAUAGAUCAUUGUCCACCUCCUACACUUUUGGUACUGACACAACUUUCGCUACUUCUACUGUUACCACGACUAUCAACGAUAAGGCAACUACUUAUCUUGUAGUUGAUGCACCAACUCCGUUCACUACCAAGGUCGUCGAGUCUAACACUUGGGGGACAGCCACUGAAAUUGCUACUACUACCGAUGCUAACGGUAACCCUGCAGUUGAAGAAAUUCUUAUCAUCCCAUCAUAUUCUCGUUCAAUCUCCGAAUGGAACAAAUCUUAUUCAUCCUCUUACACCACUUGGUCUAAUUUAGGUUGGACUACCUCUACUUACGUUGUCGAAUUUGCUCCAUCCUACUCUACAUCCAUCUCUUACUGGUCUAGAACUUAUGCAAGUACUGAAACCCUUGCUCUUACUUUAACUGAUGGCCUAAGUGUUUACACCACCACCUAUUAUUAUGCUCAUGAACCACAAGUUUCUACUGUUACCGAAAAUUGGAACAAACCAUUCACCACCACUUACACCACAUAUGGUGUUAUUUCUACCAAUAAUAAGCACUACACAUCUUCUGAAAUUAUUGUUGAAAUUCCAUCUGACCCGGUUUCGUCUUGGACUACAACCACUUCUUACAUCAGCGAUUGUAAUUCAGAUGCAGUUACCUCAACAACUAUUUCAACAACAACAAUAAGUGGUGUUGAGACCUCGAUUGGAUAUGAGUAUGUUACAGCUCCUGCUCCUUCUUGUUACUUACCACCGGCUUCCACCGGUACCUUAACAACUUCAUCUGUUACAGUCACAACUGAUUGUUCCAGUACUGCAGUUACCUCCACUGUUGCAACCACCAAUGCUAAGGGUUCUGCAACUACUUAUGUUUUAGUGGAAACUCAUUCACCUGCUCCAUCCUGCGCAAAGCCAUCAGGCGUUGCUCCAGAACAUCACACUGUUACUGUUACAACUGAUUGUUUAUCGACAACUAUAUCUUCUACCGUCACUACUACUGAUUCUGCCGGUAAGCCAACCACAUACGUUGAUAUUGAAGUUCACUCACCAGCAGCAUCAUGUGCAACCUUGUCCACCUCGACCAUGACUGUUUCUACAGACUGUUCAUCUACCGUUGUCACAUCCACUGUUACUUCAUCGAACUCUGCAGGUGUUGCAACCACAUACGUUGUCGUUGAGACCCACAAGCCAGCAGCAUCCUGUGCAACCUUGUCCACCUCAACUGUCACUGUUUCUACAGACUGUUCAUCUACCGUUGUCACAUCCACUGUUACUUCAUCGAACUCUGCAGGUGUUGCAACCACAUACGUUGUCGUUGAGACCCACAAGCCAGCAGCAUCCUGUGCAACCUUGUCCACCUCAACUGUCACUGUUUCUACAGACUGUUCAUCUACCGUUGUCACAUCCACUGUUACUUCAUCGAACUCUGCAGGUGUUGCAACCACAUACGUUGUCGUUGAGACCCACAAGCCAGCAGCAUCCUGUGCAACCUUGUCCACCUCGACCGUGACUGUUUCUACAGACUGUUCAUCUACCGUUGUCACAUCCACUGUUACUUCAUCGAACUCUGCAGGUGUUGCAACCACAUACGUUGUCGUUGAGACCCACAAGCCAGCAGCAUCCUGUGCAACCUUGUCCACCUCGACUACUGUUAUUACUACAGAUUGUGAAUCAACUACUGCAACAUCUACUGUUGCAACCACCAACUCUCAAGGUGCAUCGACCACUUACGUUGUUGUAGAGAAACACGUUCCAGCAGAAUCAUGUGUUCCACUAAGAACAACUACGUCUACCGUCACUACUGAUUGUUUAUCAACUACUUUGACAUCCACAUUAAAGACUACUAACGCAGCAGGUGUAACAUCUACUUACGUUGUCGUUGAAAAACACGUUCCAAAUCCAACAUGUGCUAAAACUUCGGGCGUUGCUCCAAACCAUCACACUGUUACUGUUACAACUGAUUGUUUAUCGACAACUAUAUCUUCUACCGUCACUACUACUGAUUCUGCCGGUAAGCCAACCACAUACGUUGAUAUUGAAGUUCACUCACCAGCAGCAUCAUGUGCAACCUUGUCCACCUCAACUGUCACUGUUUCUACAGACUGUUCAUCUACCGUUGUCACAUCCACUGUUGCUACUACUGAUGCACAAGGAUCUGCUACUACAUACGUUGUCGUUGAGACCCACAAGCCAGCAGCAUCAUGUGCAACCUUGUCCACCUCGACCGUGACUGUUUCUACAGACUGUUCAUCUACUGUUGUCACAUCCACUGUUGCUACUACUGAUGCACAAGGAUCUGCUACUACAUACGUUGUCGUUGAGACCCACAAGCCAGCAGCAUCAUGUGCAACCUUGUCCACCUCGACCGUGACUGUUUCUACAGACUGUUCAUCUACUGUUGUCACAUCCACUGUUGCUACUACUGAUGCACAAGGAUCUGCUACUACAUACGUUGUUGUCGAAAGUCACUCACCAGCAGCAUCAUGUGCAACCUUGUCCACCUCAACUGUCACUGUUUCUACAGACUGUUCAUCUACCGUUGUCACAUCCACUGUUACUUCAUCGAACUCUGCAGGUGUUGCAACCACAUACGUUGUCGUUGAGACCCACAAGCCAGCAGCAUCCUGUGCAACCUUGUCCACCUCAACUGUCACUGUUUCUACAGACUGUUCAUCUACUGUUGUCACAUCCACUGUUGCUACUACUGAUGCACAAGGAUCUGCUACUACAUACGUUGUUGUCGAAAGUCACUCACCAGCUCCAUCCUGUGAACCUUCCCAAGUCUCUACUACUACAUCCUAUGUUUCCACUUGUGGCGACUCAAGUGUCUACACAUCCAGUGUUACUACUACUGAUGCAAACGGAUCUAGUACUGUAAGUGGUAUCGUGGUGGUUCAAACGCCAAUUAGUUAUUGUUUCUUGACUUCUAUCGAUCCAAGACACCAAUAUGUUACUGUUGAAACACCAGGUUCAAGAUGUACUGUUGAAACUAUUGAAGCGUACUCCACCGUUAUUACUGUUUCUGGUGUUGCAGUUCCUACUGAAGCAGUUGUUAUUGCUACUCCACCAGCGUCUUGUUACUCUACAGUAACAUCUACAUCUACCAAUCCGUUAUGCGCAAGUUCUGCUUACACAACUAGUGCCGGUACUACAUUAGCUGAUGGCUCAGUUUCCAGUGUCGUUGUUGUUGUUGAAGAAGUUCCAGGUACAUUAUGUUUCCCCGGUGCAAUUACUACUACUGAAGUUGCUUAUGACUGUGAAUACACUGCAUACACUACGAACGUUGCAACUACCGAUGUAUCAGGCAGAUAUGUUAAUGCCACCUUGGUUGUUGUUGAGACCCCAGCAGCAUCAUGUGCACAAUUACCAACAUUGUCCACAACUUUGGUGGCACCUGAUUGUCAGUCAACCAGUUUUGUGUCUUCUUAUGUUUCGGUGAACUCAUAUGGUAUUCCUAUUACUGGUAGCUUAGUUGUUGUUGAGACCCCAGCAGCAUCAUGUGGUACUACCCCUGUUCCUACAGCACCAGGUUCUACAGCACCAGGUUCUACCACCACAGCACCAGGUUCUACAGCACCAGGUUCUACCACCACAGCACCAGGUUCUACCACUACCAUUCCAGGAUCUACUACCACUGUUCCAGCUUCUGACUGUGUUUCUACUACCUACACAUCAUACUCGUAUGUUACCAACGCCAGUGGUGUUACUACAGCUAGCUACUUAGUUGUUGUAGAAACUCCAGAUGUUACCUGUGUCCCAAGAACAUCCAUCGAUCCAAACCACACUUUACACGUGACAACUGAAGCAAGCGAUUGCCAACCUGAAACUAUUACCACCACCACUUCUACCACCAAUGCAUCCGGUAUUGUUGUUAUUUUCAGUGAAGUUAUAGUUGAAACCCCAGCAGCAUCAUGUGGAACUACCUCUGCUUCUACUGCGACAGCUUCUACUGCGACAGCUUCCACUGCACCAGUUUCCACUACUACCAUUCCAGCUUCUGACUGUGGUUCUUCCAGUUACACUUCCACUUAUGUGACUGUUGAGGGUGAUGUUACUGUCACUGGUGACUUAGUUGUUGUUGAAACUCCAGAUGCGACCUGUCAACCAGGUUACACUUCUACUGCACAUGUUACCAGUACCUCUACUGUUACAUGCCAUAAAUGUGAUCACAAGACUUACAAUACUGAAAUUACCACAGUUACUGAUGGUAUUACAGUUACCACUACUGUUUGUAUUGAACAAACCCCUGCAUCUGAUAAUACUCCUACCACAUUAGAAACCAAGACCGCUCAACCAACAGGCACUACCACCCAACCAGGUAACGGUCCAGCAGGCACCACCACCCAACCAGGUAACGGUCCAGCAGGCACCACCACCCAACCAGGUAACGGUCCAGUAGGCACCACCACCCAACCAGGUAACGGUCCAGCAGGCACCACCACCCAACCAGGUAACGGUCCAGCAGGCACCACCACCCAACCAGGUAACGGUCCAGCAGGCACCACCACCCAACCAGGUAACGGUCCAGCAGGCACCACCACCCAACCAGGUAACGGUCCAGCAGGCACCACCACCCAACCAGGUAACGGUCCAGCAGGCACCACCACCCAACCAGGUAAUGGUGAAGGUUCUUCCAAUGUUGCGCCAACUAACGAUGUUGUUACAGAGCAACCUGCUGAGUCAUCAACCACUUCACCAGAGUCUAUUUCUGUUGCAACUGCUUCCAAUAGUGAAAUCACCUAUUACGGCGGAGCUCAUAAGGUUGGUUCCGGCAUUGCACCUCUAGCUAUUAUCUUAGUUUCUUUCUUAUUCUAG